AUGUUCCGGAAACAGUCCUCAGUCCUGAUGCUCCAUCUAUUCUGUCUGGUCACCACCAUGGCCACCAAGGUGCCCAAGGUACCCAAGCUGCACUUCACGAUCAAACCCAAUGCCCACAUUGCGGAGCUGCAGUCGGAGAGCAGGGAGCUGGCAGCCACCCAUGGAGACGUCUCCUCCGCUUGCUUCUACGUCUACAAGCCCAUCCUGGACAGCGUGGCCACGGAGUACGAGACGAACUACGGAGCAUGUGUCUCGGCCUACGACAAGUCCUCGGGUGAAAUCAAGUCCAAGUACGAUCCCGUGCGGAGUGACAUCAUGGGAACCACCCAAAUGACGUGCGAUGCCUGCUGCAAGGUCUGGGUGGCAGAGGAGGAGACCGAAUUGCUAACUCUGGUCCAGCGGGUUCAGUGCGCCGCCGAAGUCUCUGCGGAGAACGCCAAGAUCUUGUACAGCAUCUCGAACAAUGCCACGGAGAACAGCGUCAAGAUCCAGGAGGAAUACCGCAUCGUGGGCACUCAGCGGGACAUUUGCGUGAACGAUGCGGAGAGGAACUAUGUCCAGGACACGACUACCACCUAUGAGCAGCUGAACGCCUGCCUCAAGGGUAAACAGCCAGUUCCCGUUCCCACACCAGAAGCUCCAUAUACAACCACUGGAAUCCCUAAUCCCCCACCUGCGUCCAUCCCAGAUGAUUAUUACACCACGAGAAGCUAA